AGGCUUCUUAAUAUUGGAAGUGAAGAAGGUGUAGGUAGUAUAGCAUAGCAUGUUAUAAAAAAUUAAAAUGGUGGGUUAGCAAUUGUCCACGCCACGGCACAUCUCAUCCCCGUCUUCCCCAAUCCCACCACCUGCUUCAUCUCAUCUCUGCCUUAUCUUUUUUUAACGGAAUUCCAAAAUUAAAUAUCACCUCUCAAGAAACUCUUCUUGCAGCUCAACUGAAGAAUAGGAGAUACAGAGAGGUCUCAGAGUCAGUGCAUGCUUCAAAAUGGCUUCAAUUUCUCUUCACGCAACUCACUCCUUCCCUUCUUCACUCCACACUCAAACCCCUAAACCAGCAUUCUCUCACAAUCUUUCCCUUCUCUCAAAAUCUUCGCAAUCUCAAUUCCACGGCCUAAAGCUCUCUACUUCGUCCCACCUCUCAAUCCCAUAUCCCCUUCCUGCGAAAUCCGCCAUUGUUGCCAAGGUGUCUGAAGGGACACAGGCACCAUCAUUUACAUUGAAAGAUCAAAAUGGGAGGACUGUGAGCCUUUCCAAAUUCAAAGGCAAGCCUGUGGUUGUCUAUUUCUACCCUGCUGAUGAAACCCCUGGUUGCACUAAGCAGGCGUGCGCUUUCAGGGACUCCUAUGAAAAAUUCAAGAAAGCAGGAGCUGAGGUUGUCGGGAUCAGUGGUGAUGAGGCCUCAUCACACAAGGCCUUUGCUGAGAAAUACAAACUUCCAUUCACCCUACUCAGCGAUGAGGGCAACAAGGUCAGAAAAGAAUGGGGCGUCCCAUCCGACCUCUUUGGCGCCUUACCUGGAAGGCAGACCUAUGUCCUCGACAAAAAUGGAGUAUGUCGUCUUGUCUACAACAAUCAGUUCCAACCCGAGAAGCAUAUUGAUGAGACCCUGAAGUUUCUUAAAAGCGUUUGAAACCGACACGUAUCCAUCUUCUCAACACUUUCCUCCCCCCUUUUGUCUUGUGGAAAUUUAUGCUUCCACGUACAUACUUUUCUAGAGAAUAUGAUGUAGCACUGUUACAUCCGUUUGUAUGUAUCUAUCGAAUCGAGAACCAUGUCUUUUUCUGUAGUGUUUAGUAUGUUGUGGUUUGGUUAA